UUUCGAAACAUGCUAAAGGGCAACGUGCCAUCAGAAGGCAUGGAGGUAGUGAAUAUUGCCAAUAAAACUGCUAUGAAAAGUAUGACAGGUGUACACUCCCAUAACCAAGGUGGAAACGCAAACUUAUCAAAUAUGAAUGCUGUACAGUUUCGUAGUAAGUGUACCCGAUUAAUAACUUUAUAUACACCUAAUGUUACACCCUUCGGAUACUGGCCAGAGUAUAGCGAUCUAAAACGGUUGUUCGAAGAUGGCCAACGCUUUUCGGGCAACAUCGAAUCUUCGCCGACAGGGUAUGUCGUAUGUCCAGACCAGCCCUGCGAUAUCAACCUCAUACCAACCAAUGAUGAUACUAUCCUUGCUGCGAGCGAUGCUACCCUACUGAACUUGGCCCCGCUCUUGGUAAGACCUAACGCGAGCAAAAUUUCGGAGCGACUUUUGAACACUCUGCCAAAGAAAGUGAAGAUAGUAUUUUACGCAAUGGAGAGUGCCAACAUGAUGACUUUUUGGGAUAAUUCUGUAAGGGAUAUUCAGUUCCACUAUUCUAUGACGUAUCAUUCUUCAAGUGAUGUGGUUCACCCGUACGGACGGUACGUCCAAGGUAGCCCCAUGGAUAGCCCUGAUCAACCCGUGAACUAUACGGAAGGAAAGACCAAGAUAUUGGCAUGGAUGGCCAGCAAUUGUAACUUUACAUUUUGGCCGCGAUACGAGUGGGUGUCGAGGCUUCAAGAAUUCAUCCAUGUCGACAUACACGGCAGAUGCGGUCAGGCGACCUGUCUGCCAAGGUUCUCAAAGAAAUGCGUCAACCUGAUGAAAUCGUAUAAGUUUUACUUGGCGUUGGAGAACACCCAAUGCGACGAUUACAUGACGGAGAAAUUCUGGGAUAACUGUCUUCUGAACGGCGUAGUCCCCGUCGUGUACGGCGGUCGGAGGGAGACGUACGAGAAAAUCGCUCCGCCCGGUUCCUUCAUCUACGCUGCGGAUUUCGCUAGACCCAAAGAUCUUGCCGACUACUUGAUUAAGCUUGAUAAGGACGACGAGCGAUACAGCGGAUUCUUCGCGUGGCGAAAGUACGGUCGGGUCGAGAAGAUUUAUCCGAAUCUUCGACCGACGGCGUUUUGUGAUUUGCUGCCGUUGCUAUCUCCGCGAGAAAACGAACGAGUUCCUAUUAAACGUGUCGGAGAUACGAAGUACUUUUUAGGAUGUCGGGAGGAUAAAGAUGCGCGGUUCAUUGAACGAGGAGAUAUAAAUAAUUGGUCACCUUGGAAAUAACUUACAAGAUGAUAUCUCGAAAGUCUUUGCGACCGUGUGACUUGCAGCCUUUUC